AUGAGGACUUUAACAACAAAAAGUGUAAUCAAUUUUGCUUUCAUUCAUUUUGAUUUCAGCUCUUGUCCAGAGUGGUCAGCAUGUAGGAAUCAUCCGGUGUAUUCCUUGUGGAGGCAAGCCUCGCAGAAUUUUGCAGAAAAGGCAUGUGGCAACAUCACAGUGUUACUGAAUGGGUCUAUUGUCAACGCCUUCAGUAGGAAAAGCAUGUUUGGAAGUACUGAAUUGGACAGUCUGAACCCACACAGGGUGAAUUAUGUCAACAUUAAGGUGGUGACCAAUCUAGAGGAACCGUUUAUAGAAACAUGUAGUGAAGGAUCCAUUGUGGACCUGAUCCAGAUCCUCCAGUCCAGAGGUUUCCGCUGGACUUGCACAGACAAGGACCAGACCCUGAGGAUCCUUCAGUGUAUCCAGAACCCCCAACAGUCCUCCUGCCAAACAUGUGCAAACAGCCUCUCACACAGAAAGAGCCUCACAUUUAAAUGA